AUGUAUUACUUUACGUUUGUACAGAUUACAACGCUGUUUGCCGACACCACAACUGUGCAUCAGCUCGCCAUCAAAAUGAACGAGACUGGAGUCCGCCUUCCCAGUGUGAGAAGCAUUCUCUGCAUCGCUGUCAGAGCAACUGAAAGGGCCGCAAAAGACAUUUUCUCGGCAUUCAGUUUACGGAGCUUCAGAAGCUUGUACGGAGCCACGGAACUUGGCAACGUAAUAUCGUGGAUGCCACCCGAUACGACUGAGUACAACACCGUCGGUUUCCCCGCUCCGGAAGUUCAGAUCAAGGUUGUGCAUACGAAAACCGGUCAAGUACUUGGGCCAAGGCAGCAUGGUGAACUGUGGGUCAAGUCACCCACCAACAUGAGUGGCUAUCACGGUAACCCGGAAGCAACCUUGAAAGUCCUCACCCACAAUGGCUGGCUGCGAUCAGGGGACGUUGCUUACUACGACGAAACUGGGCGACUCUACAUCGUGGAAAGAUUGAAGCAAUUCUUUCACUGCAUGGGGCGGCAAGUUGCAGAGUCAGAGGUUGAAUCUGUGUUGCUGACACACGAAAGCGUCGCAGAAGCAGCUGUGAUCGGUGUUCCACAUUCUGAAUACAUCGACGUCGGAAAAGCGUUCGUGGCCUUAAAGUCGCCUCUCGGCGGGCGCACGAGCACCAGUGCCCACGAACUGCAGGUCUUUGUCGCAACUCACCUCCCAUUCUACAAGCAACUUCAUGGCGGAGUAGUUUUCGUUGAAUCCAUACCAAGAAAUACCCUCGGAAAGAUUGACAAGCAAUGCCUGAAAUUCCGUUGAUUUUUGGCAAUUUCGGAGCUUCGUUCAUCGUUUAUGCACUUCUGAUAAACCCAGAAAGUACUUUA